AUGGGGCUGACAGUUGAUCAGUCAAAGGCCAAGUAUAUGUUAACAUCUGGGAAAAGGUAUAGUGAACGAGAAAGAAGCAUAACUUUGAAAGGGAAAGAAUAUGAAUGCUGUGAGAGCUUUAAAUACCUUGGGUCACUGGUAACUGAGAAUAAUGAUAUGAAAGAAGAAAUGCAUGAAAGGAUUACAGCUUGUAACAGGAACUACUUUUCACUGAUUAAAAUAUUUAAAGCAAGAAGCCUUAGGAGGAAUCUGAAACUGACAGCAUAUUGUACAGUAGUGAAACCUGUUGUGAUGUAUGGUUCAGAGAUGUGGACAAUGACACAAAAUGAUGAGGAGUUGUUGCAGAGAUGGGAAAGGAAGAUACUUAGGAAAAUCUUCAGGCCAGUAAAUGAUUGGGAAUUUUGGAGAAUCAUAAAUAAUAAGGUCAGAGGGCUAUACAACAAACCAGAUAUUGUGACAGAAAUAAAGAGUAACAGACUACGUUGGUUGGGACAUGUAGAUGGAAUGGUGGAGAGCAGCACAAUCAAGAAAGUUUUCAAAGAAAAACCGGGUGGACACCAUAUAAGGGGCAGACCAAAGACCAGAUGGCUAGACAACUUGGAUGAGGACUUGAGAAGAAUGAGAGAAGAUGAAGAGCCAAGGCAGCCAGCAGAGAAGAGAUCAUUAUACCAGCAGAAGUCAGUGAUAUUUGAUCCUGCUCUGGUCUGUGUGCUGGGGCCAGAGGGGCUUCAGAAUAAUUAA